UGGGGAAGCAUAGAGAGGGAUUCAUAAAAACAGACAGGGAGGAAGAGGGGCAGCCUGAGAGACAGCCUGCUUUGGAAAGUAACACAGAGAAAGAGACUGACCAUGGGGUCGAGAUUGUAUCAGGAGUGGAAUUAGAAUAUAGUAACAAGGGGACAGAGGAACUAACACAGAAUAUGUAUGAGGAGGCAGGGUUUACAAGGGCCGCAGUUAAAAACACAGAGGCAUCAUUUGCGCGAAGAGUGCCUAUCAAACACGAUGGGCGAGAGAGAGCAGUGGAAAGAGAGGUAAAGCAAAUGACAGAAGAAAGAGAGAGAGGGAUGGAGAGGGCGAGGAGCACAGAGAGAGAGGUGGUGGUUGGAAGACAGGCAGAACCUCUAGUGAGGGACAGAAGGGGGUCAGACUUUAGAAGAGGAUCAGACGCAAGGGAUGUCAAGAGGAUGUCAGAAGUAAGGGACUGCAUAAUGUCAGUUGAAACAACUCAGCAAAACUGUGUGAUCACCCUCUCUGUAGACAGAGCCAGUCCUCCUCAGUCUGUCGAAAGCCAUUACAGACAUGUCUCAGCAUUUACAGAGUGUUCACCGACCUUGCUCAGCGCUGUGGCGCAUAGAGGAACAGAUUGGCAUAGUAGUCAAGGAGUGCCGGGGCACCAUUCAACCCAGUCAGCACUAUCACAGCACACAGGGGAUCUUAUCAAUAAGAUAGGGAGAGUCGGAGAGACAGCCAAUGAACUUGACAAUUACAAAAGGACCCAAACAUUAACUCAGGAUAGCAAAUGUGUGAUGAGGGAGGACACAAAGAAUGUGAGAGGGAGCAAAGCUUACAGGGUGCCAAGUGAGGUAAGCAAGGAGAGCGCACACUCACCUGGCACACACGUGCACAGUCAUGUCUACCCCGAAAUGUCCGUUCAGGAAGUGACCCCUAAGUCUCCCAAGUCUCCAAAGCACGUUUCCUCAGUUGGAAUCCCUCCAACACCACUUGAGAUGCACAUACCCAGGACAGUGUUCUACGGUGUGGGGGAGGCAUUAGAGAACAAAAGGCCAAGCCUCCAAAGCGAAGACGACCAGAGCUGCGAAGGAGAGGGAGGGAAAGGUGUGGAGAGGAGGGAUAGUUGGAGGAUCGGCAAGCCUUUGUCUCGUAUCGAAUCCCUGCGAGAGAAAAUCCGGCAGAGGGAGAAGGAGAGGCUGAGGAACAUGGACGGAGCGGAAGCAACGGGGGAUGAUGGAGAUGCGACUGAGGGAAUGAAAAAGGCUGGGGCUAGAAGGGUAAGAAGAGCUUCAAGUUCAGAUAGGUGUGAUGAAGGAGAGAGGGGGAACGAAAUGGGGCGAGAGAGACAGAGACAGGAAGGCUCUGCAUCGCAGACAACAUCCACUCAGUUUUACGUCACACAGGAAGUGAGCGUGUUGAAAGCCGACCCUGAGCUUCCUGUUCCUCUCUCAUUCUCGCAAUCUGUCAAAGGAGAGGAAGAAACCGAUCACACGAUCGAGAGAGAGGAAGAUCCAAUAAAACAUGUAGUAGAUGAGUUACGGUGUGACAAGGGUCGGCAGAGAAAACAGGACAGCAGAGGCAGAGGAGGAGAAGUAGGAGAGGAUAAACUCUCGGAGGAAGAGGACAGGUUGCAUUAUCUGUCUCCUUCACGCUCUCCUUCACCCUCAGACUCUUUCUCCCCCUCUCUUGCUGAGAUGAGCCGGAUCUAUAGCUUGAAAACAGUGGGGCCCAGGACGGCGGUGUGCAUGAGUGAGAGGACCGUGGAUAGGCCCAUCCCUUCACACACACCCAAGGUACAGUCCCAGAUAUCAGCAGAACAACAGGAGCCAAGCAGUCUGGAGAGAUCAGUUGGGAGGCUGGCACAGGGUGGUGGUGGGGCAUCUGGGAAUAAGGCCUCUUGUGAAGAGAAUUCCGGACUUCAGAUUAUACAGCGUCAGGUGGAACAGCUUCAGUUGCGAGAACAACAGGAAGUACAGAGACAAUCACACGACGACAACGCAGCACAGUCGACUUUUAGUAAAAACACGAAUUUGAAAGCUAAAGAGUCUGAAGCUCAGCAAAGCACAAGGAUAUCACACAACCAGCCUAAUAAGGAACCUCAACAGAUGCAUCCGAGGCAAAAGGACCAGCAAACACCCCUAAAUCCCAGAAAAUCUCGGUCUAAUCCGCAACUGCACUCUGAAAGGCCUCCUCAACCCAAUCAGCCCCGAUCCAUUACCAUCAACUCCAGAUCUCUCCUGACCCCCUCUACUGAGAACUCAUUACACCCAGACCAGGGAGUCCCACCCACCACAUCAUCCUCCCCAUGCUCACCCUCCCCACCCCAGUCCCCCUCCGUCUCUCCCUCCCCUUCCCCUUCUCCGACCCAUUUCACCAUCAGAACAGUCUCUGGAGGCCAGCAGGUCAAGAGGGGCACCACCAUCACCAUCACCCCCAGGAAGCCUGUUGGAGGGGCAGCCGUGGAAUCGGUUUCAGUAUCCUCAGGACCCCCGGUCAAGACGUCUACCAAGGCCCAGAUGCCUGUCCUAACCGAGGUAGUAGAGAGAGGCAAGAAGAGAUACCCCACUACGGAGGAGAUCGAAGUGAUCGGCGGAUAUCAGAACCUGGAAAAGUCUUGCCUGGUCAAGACUCCCAAAGGGACUCCCAAAGGGGUGAAGGUGUGUUUCGACGAGACCCAGCUGGAGCAGGUUUUUGAAUACCCAUCAGAGGCCUCUAUGAUAGCCUUUACCCCCUACCCCAUACCAGGUCAGGAGAAAGGGAAGGAGGAUGAGGUGCAGGAGGAAGAGGAGGAGGAGGAGAGAGGAGUGUUUGUGUCCGGGAGCAGCAGGAAUGUGGGAGCAGCGGCUGGCCUGAGAGUGCUGAGAAUAGAUGAGUCUUGUCACCGGUAGACGUCAGCUCGCCAAAUACCCCAAGUGAUGUUUCAUAUUUGAUUUUUGUUUCCCUGUAUUUUGUUUAUUUAAAAUUAUAGAAUUAAUGUUGGUAAUCUUUUUUGAUGUUCAAUGUUUUAUUUUACUUAGGGUCAGGGACUAUUGGUUUUGAAUUUUUUUAAAAUAUGGUUUUAUGCAGUUUAUGAGUUGAAUGGUGGCGCAUGUAGCGGAACCUGACUGGACUUUUUAUUUUACUUCUCUAUUUCAAAGUAGAAGUGCAAAGGAAAUAUGAAAACACAGUACAUAUUGUAGCCUAUAAGUUUGAAUAUAUAAAAGUGUUGUAUUUUUACCAUCAGGUGUGUACUGUUGGGUGAUGAUCACAUGUCAAUGCAAGUUAGUGGAUUACAAAAGUAUUGUAAAAGCAUCUGGUCAGUUUAGUUUUAGUUAGCUUAGUUCAACAACACAAUGGCCCUACUGUAAAUAAACGUUGCAUCAGCACUGUAACGAUUCAGGCUGCAUUCCCUCUAGUGCACUACUUUUGACCGGAGCCCAUAAAGUAGUGCACUAUAAAGGGAUUAGGAUGUCAUUUUGGACGUAUUCUCAGGUCCCUGUGCCUGCUGGAUUUGCUCAUACAGAUGAUAUAAAGAUCAGGUCAUCCACAAGUCCAAGAUACAUUUUAAGUCUUGUGAACAUCCCUUAUAUGUACAGUGUCUUCAGAAAGUAUUCAUACACCUUGACUUAUUCCACAUUUUGUUGUGCUAAAGCCUGAAUUCAAAAUUGAUUAAAUAUAUUUUAUUUCUCACCCAUUUACACACAAUAGCCCAUAAUGACAAAGUGAAAACAUGGUUUAUUUUUUUUACAUCUAAUUUACACAGGUAUUCACACCCCUGAGUCAAUACAUCCAGCUCUGAAAAGUUGGUUGUUAAUCAUUGCUAGAAAGCCAUUUUCAAGUCCUGCCAUAGAUUUUCAACCCUAUUUAAGUCAAAACUGUAGCUAGGCCACUCAGGAACAUUCAAUGUCGUCUUGGUAAGCAACUCAAGUGUAUAUUUGGCCUUGUGUUUUAGGUUAUUGAUUCAGAGGGACUGGGUUAAAUGCAGAAGACGCAUUUCGGUUGAACGCAUUCAGUUGUGCAACUGACUAGAUAUAUCCCUUCCCUUAUUGUCCUGCUGAAAGGUGAAUUUGUCUCCCAGUGUCUGUUUGAAAGCAGACUGAACCAGGUUUUCUUCCAGGAUGUUGGUUGCGCUUAGGCCUAUUAAUUUUAUUCAAAAAAAACUCCUUAGUCCUUGCCAAUGACAACCAUAUCCAUAACAUGAUGCAGCCACCACCAUGCUUGAAAAUAUGAAGAGUGGUACUCAGUGAUGUGUUGUGCCUAAUUGCAAACACGAUGCAUGUUUUGUGAAAUCUUUAUUCUGUAUAGGCUUCCUUCUUUUAACCUUUAUUUAACUAGGCAACUUUUCACUCUGUCAUUUAGGUUAGUAUUGUGGAGUAACUACAAUGUUGUUGAUCCAUUCUCAGUUUUCUCCUAUCACAGCCAUUCAACUCUGUAACUGUUUUAAAGUCAGCAUUGGUCUCAUGGUGAAAUCCCUGAGCAGUUUCCUUUCUCUCAGGAAGGAAGGACGCCUGAAUUAGGAAGGACACCUGUAUCUUUGUAGUAACUGGGGGUGUAUUGAUACACUAUGCAAAGUGUAAAUAAUAACUUCAUCAUGCUCAAAGGGAUAUUCAAUGUCUUAUUUGUAUUUUUUUUACCCAUCUACCAAUAGGUGCUCUUUGUGAGACAUUGGAAAACCUCCCUGGUCUUUGUGGUUGAAUCUGUGUUUGAAAUUCACUGCUCGACUGAGGGAUCUUUCAUAUAAUUGUAUGUUUGCGGUACAGAGAUGAGGCAGUCAUUCAAAAAUCAUGUUAAAACACUAUUAUUGCACACAGAGUGAGUACAUGCAACUUAUUAUGCACAUUUGUACUCCUGAACUUAUUUAGGUUAGGCAUAAAAAAGGGUUUGAAUAUAUGUACUGACUCAAGACAUUUCAGCCUUAUUAUUUUUUAUUAAAUUGUAAAAAUAAUUACAAACAUAAUUCCAAUUUUACAUUAAUGGGGUAUUUUGUGUAGGCCAGUGACACAACAUCUCAAUUUUAAAUUCAGGCUGUAACACAACAAAAUGUGGAAAAAGUCAAGGGGUGUGAAUACUUUCUGAAGGCACAGUAGUUUCUGGCAAAACGUGGCUAUCCAUAACAUCAUGACAAUUCACUUUUGUUCAAUGACUGUUUCUGUUUGAACCACAAAAUGGAUUUCAGCUAGCCUUAAUGCACAUUUUUGAAAAACCUGACGAUACAUUAUGGAAUGAUCACCAUUACAAUAUUUUAUUUUUAACCCCUAGUGGAAUUAAUGUGGUAGGAUGAAAAGUAGUCUAUGUACUGUAUCUAUAGUACUUUGACUGUAUAGUUUUGAAUGGAAAAGGUAUGUUUGUAUCUCUGGUGUUAUUAUGUGAGACUACAGCACAUGGGUGAUAUGACACCAAGUUUUUCUUUAUGGAGUCUUAAAGGAGGCCUGGGUAAGUCCAAAAUGUAAUAAAUAUGCCAACUUGUAUUAUUUCUCAAUUAAGCUUUUAGAUACAAAAUGUCAAACAUAUGUCAACAAUACUUCCUCCAAAAGGACCAUUCUAUGGAUUAAAUGAAGUGAAAAUCCCCCAAAUCGUGGUAUUUCUUUCCCCUCCUAGUUUCGUGACGAAUCACCCACAUCCCAAAUAAGGGCACAAAUUUUAUCACGGCUCCAUUAGAUGCUGUAAUCUCAAUUUUAGGUGCUCUUUUUUUAUGUGAAAGAAUCUAUCUGAAGAAUAUCAUAUAUAUAUGGUAUAUCUGAUUUAUGCUCCCAUGUGUGCAAUUUUGAUACUUUGUUUUAUUCUUUCUCUUUUCUAUUGUGGUUGAAGAAGCUGGCUUCAAGAGAGAAAAACAUCUAAUAAAUGAUUUGAAAUUAA